AUGGAUCCGUUGGACACGCUCACAGAUGUGUUGGGUACUACCCACCCGUCCAGCUCGGACAUCUCCUACCUGGCCUCUCUCACCGACCUUCCCCUCCCAGACCUCCUAGCGGAACCAGCCUCACUGUCCUCAACCUCGGCACAGCUGACGAACGCGCUCACAACCUUGUGUCACACACAAUACCCGACGUUUCUUUCCCUACACAGCGCAUCCACGUCCCUUUCAAGCACACUCACCUCGCUCCAGUCCUCGCUCGGGUCCCUCCUUACCGCGCUCCCAACCCUCCAGUCGUCCGCGCAGUCCUUCUCUGCCCAAACAGCACCUCUUCUCAAACAGCGCCAGCAAGCUUUGCUAGUAAAAGCACAUUCAGAAAGGCUCGGUGCUCUGUUAGAUCUACCUCGACUAUUCGAAGCUUCGGCUCGCGCAGGGGCGCUCGGCGAUGCGCUCGACAUCUCAUCUUAUACAGACUCCCUUGCGCGUAAGUUUCCGGACGUGCCGCUCGUACAAGACAUUCAUGCGGAGGUUAACGCCGCGCAAAGAUCUCUCCUCGCCCAGCUUCUAGAAUCGCUGAGUGCACCGGGUCGCGGACGUUUGCCGCAGUUGUUCAAAAGCGUUGGGUUUCUCAGGCGGAUGAAAGUACUGGAAGAGGAGGAAUUGGCGCAAGCUUUUCUGAACGGUCGCACUGGCGUGCUGGAGUCAUCUUUGCAUGCCAUUGAGCUGACGGAGGAUGCGGACGGUCAUUCCCGAUACAUGAAGAAGUACGUGGAUACGUGGCGCGAAGGCGUGCACGACCUCGUCACACAGUACACGACCAUCUUUCUUUCUCCAUCGUCCUCCCAUUCCGUCCUGUCGACCGCCCCACACUCGCCCAGUUCGGCAAAGGCUCACACCCCUUCGUUGGCCCCUGCCAGCGAUCUGGAGACGACGCUCACGCUCCAAGCACUUCUCUCCGCGACUUCGACGCGGCUCCUCAACCAUCUACUUGCAAAGCUGCGCCAGCACGUUUCUGCUAUACGCGCCAAAGAUCCCGCUGCGCUCUCGGCGCUUCUCACUCAAAUGACAUAUUGCGCUGGAGCGUUCGCCCGCAUAGGCAUGGACUUCGGUCUUCUGAUAGCUCCCAUCUUCGUCGACGCCGUGCGAAACGGUUUCAAGGAGGAACUGGACGAUGCUGCGGAAGCGCUGAGCAGUCGUUUCAGACAGGCGAAAGACGCCAAGUGGCUUAUCACGCCCUCGAUGGCUGGACAGCCUCCCGAGCCGGACGUUGAAGCCAUCAAGAGCAGUCCGACGCACGUGGUGCCACAAAUCCUCGCAUCUUUCCCGCCCCUUGCUCUGUUCACCAACAGCAUUCUGACUGCCCUAAACGGCCUUCGCCUCCUCGCACCCGUGCAACUUCUGCUUUUCUCUUCACAAAGCCUGGAUGAUGCCCUUAACAGCGUAAGCCUGGUCUUCCUGUCUUGGCUCAAAGGGUCGGCAUGGGACGAGCAGGACAGUAAGAUCGUAAGGGCCGCCGGACAGGCAUAUGCGAGGGUGCUCGUUCCGUGGACGCGGAGAGCGCUCGUGAAGGGCGUGUUCGAUGCUACGAAACCACUGAAGAUGAGCGGAGGGCUUGCGGAGACAACGCAAAAGUGGGAAAUGUGGCUUGGAGAUGAGGACGAGGACGAGGAAGAAGGGGACGAUGAAAAUGAUGAUCAGUAA